AUGGUGCAACUAGAUACGCCUGCGAGCGAAUUGCGAAAACCCAUCACUUCACCUUUUGCAGGAGGUAUGACUCCUGCUGAAUUGGAACGAUUGUUACAAACAACUCCUCAAAUGAGUAGAUUUAAUCCUUCGAGAAGACGCCUUCGAGCGCUGAAAACUCCUGAUGCUCGCACUUCCAAAGGUGAAAUCGUCAUUACUAGUGAUCAAGUAGUUACAGCUUCAAUUUCAUCUCCGAUUGUUCACCCGCCUGUGUCUUUAAUCCGCGAAGAUCCGGGGGAGGGAAUAAAUAAGCCAACGGCGGAUGUACGAGCCAAUGAUGUUCAAGGAAGUGUUUCGAAAUCUACCGACUCUAUUUGUUCUCCCUGUCGCGAAGACAGUUCGCGCUCAAAGCAACAAGGUGAAACAUUUCCGAAAAGAUUCUUGAAAACAAUUGCGAAACGCAAACAGUUACGUAGGGGGGAACGCAAAGAGUCUAAAGUCUCUACGUCGCUUCCGGUGGAGGAAACGUUGAGCAAAUUCCUCAGUGGAGAGAAAAGUGAUCAGCAAGCGGGUUUCUCUUCUCGUGGAUCUGGUGGCAUGGCUAGGGUAGAUACACCGACGAUAGGAUCAGAACCUCUCAGUGGUGAAACAACCGGCGACAGUCAGGAAUCUACAAGCCUUGAAGAGAUCAUUCGUACGGCUCCUCGCACAUCCACUUCACAGGCAAUGGAUAAUUUUGCACCGUGUUAUGUCAGUCUAUCAUUUGGACCUGCUCGGCUGGUUCGAAGAGCGAAUAUGAGCUUGGACAAUGAGGACGAUGAUGGUGAUGAUGACCUUAACGACCUUGAGGUGGCGAUCCUUGGUUUGAGCGAUAGCAAUGACCCAUCAAAAUCUAUGCCUGGCCCAGAUGACUCUAAUGGUGCUGACAUCAAUCCCAAAUCUCGAACUGGUCGCCUUGACCGCCAGAAGCAGAAGAAAGAGAAGAAAAUGCCUCGAAGGCUCCCGAUAGACGAGCUGUACCUAGUAUCUGAAAGGGUGGAAGAAUUGACCCAGGAGGAUGACGUUGAAAGUGGUAUGGUCAUAUAAUCUCGCCAAUUUCAUGAUACGAUACUGAUCAGGUAUCUAGUACAAUAUUUGGGGGAGCUACCAGAUGAUCCAAUCUCUCAAGACGCCUCAGAUGCGCUACAAGUCAUAAAUACUGUUGGGCGUACAAAGCGCAAAUUGAACACGCUCCAAAAAUGGAGCUGUGGGGCCUUUGGAAAGAUCGAUACAAGAAAAUUUCGGUUCCCAAAACUUGAAAGCACAUCUCCUCAGGCAAGAAAAGACAAUCGCCGUGAGGUACGCCCGUCCCAUUCGGAUGGCUUCGUAGGAUCUGAAGCAGAUUCCACAGGUCAAUUUAUGCUGGUUCCUAAGCACAAGCGUGUCAACAUUAGCAUAUGGGGACUGACUACUCGGGUAGCACAAUUGCAGUUGGCUCGUGAAAAGGACUAUGGGCUAGGCGAGGAGUCGAACGGCCAAAUCAAGAAAAGAACUUCAGCGAGGAAGUCCAAGAGACCUCCACAUAAGCAAGCUAAAGUCAAUGUGCCAGUAUUCAUUGAGCCUAAGGCUCGAGCAGUUGAGACCGGCGACGCUCAACAAAAAGACCAGUGCAACCAGAACCAUCAAGACCAUGACAGCGAGCAAAAAUAUCGGCAGAUGAAUGGAUAUGUUGCUGAUGAUGGAAUCAUCCCAAAUGCGGGAAACGAAUCGCCGUUGGCACUGCAUCGGAAAGCAUGUCGAGGAGUCACAUUCGAUGAGAGACUGGAUGAUAAUCAGCGCGCGAGACCGCACUCUUCCAAUUCCUUGGUCGGGCGAGAUAUGGAAAUGGCACUUUCACAGAGUUGUCACCGUGGAGAGUGUGAGGAGGAUGGGCCAUUAUGGCAUGAGUCCGAGCGUAGCGUCGUGAGCAUAUCAAGUGAUGACGACGAUCCAGAAGAAAGCGACGAGACCAGUGAUAAUAGUAGUGAAGAGUUGGAUGAUGGGCAGCAGAUGGAAGGAGAUUCCGAUGCUCAAACGACUUCGGGGGAGGACGUAGACAGCCAAAGCGACGCUACCAGUAUUUCAGUUUCAGAAGAACCAAGUGAGGUCAGUGACAACAGUCAGAACAGUGAUGGAGAAAUAGAUGAAGAGAGCGAGGAUGAAGAGGAUGAGGAUGAGAAGGGAGAAUAUUCCACUGUACAAGCGGUAUUGGAAGAAGAAAUGAACAAGCAAAGUGACGAGGGUAGGGUCUUCACUGGAAGCCCAAGUGGAGAAGAAAUUGCCACAGCCUCGUUGUUGGGAGGAUCAAACCAGCAUAAGGAGAACUUUCCGUUUGAAGAUUUGCUGCUGGAAGGAUUUCAAAGGACAGAAGCUGACGCGAUCAAAGAGAAUGACGACAUUGAGCCAUCACGGCUAUCUGUUGACGUGAGUUGGCAGAAUACUGCAAAUGCAAUGUCAACGUCAGAAGCUGACACGUGGAGACCGCGCAGGCCGAAGCCAGGCAGCAUGGCUAAUGAGACAGGAGAAGAUAUUGUGGACAGUCCAAGCCCGAUUUUGACAAUCUUCAAGAGAAGAAGAUCAACCGGUCUUCAGACACAUAGACGGAGAACAUUCAGUAGUCGACCUCUUGACCUUACGACACGCCGACCCGCCACUCCCCGGCCUUGAUCUGGAAGAGACUCAGGUUGUGGUACCUGAGAUCCCAGAAACACAAUUCUCUGUGGCCCGCGAGAUGUCUCCUGAGCUUGGCAAAUCGCAAGUGACCGAUUUGUCUAAUGAGCUCGAGAACUCGAUGAUUGACGCAAUGCCUCCUGACAACCUGCAAAAUUUCUUGCCUCAUUUUUCCCAGCUCUCUUUUAUUCCAGAAGAUAUACCAGAGGAAAGCUACUUUUACAGAGUGUCCCAAACCUUGAGGGGAAAUUUUGAAAGACCCAAAUCACGAGUUAAGUCGACUCCAGCUCGCUUUUAUCCAGAACACAAUAAAGCAAUCGUAACUCCGGCCUUGAUCCAGCCAAGUACCGAGACUACGGCGAGUGUAUUCUCUGCACCAAGGACAUCACCUAAAUUCUCACAACAGUCGUACCGACCCACGCCCAGGUCAGAAAAAAGUUUGAGCCGUCUUACCAGACAAGCAAGCUUCGCCUUUGGGACUUUGCCGGUUUCUGCCAGGAAGAGAACAAAAACUUUACCAUUUGUUCCACCAUUUAAAAAGCCAACUUUGCAGAUCUAGCGAUGAAUCAUUCGCCCAAACGAAGA